AUGCCUGACACGCCAGUAAUUGCGUCAACGAUAACCACGGAAGAAAUGUGGGAGUGGUACCGAGGAAGCAAGAGAGGAGCCCCUAGCCUGGCAAUCGACAUGGCGCUUGAUAGGACUUUGAGUGGGCAGUUCAUUUUCAACUUCGCAGCGAUUGACUUGUGCUUUUAUACCAGCAAAAGAGGUUCGAGACUCUUGAGGCCAUAG